CGCGACCGUCGGUACUGUUUGCAAGGCACCGCAGCAUAGCUGCUAGAUUUAAGAUCGUCGCUGUUAGUGAUCGCUCGUUCGACAACGCUGCGAAGAAACGCCGAAAGACCAACGUCUGGUGGCUGUUCUUCUGCAGUUCUGCCUGGAACGAAGCCGCCUUCGUACGAUCGUCGGCAGCGACGUGUAACAGGGCCUGACCACCCGACGUGAAGGAAUCUGAAGACAUGAGCGCGUCUAGCGAGGAACACGCCGAUCAAGAAGUACCGUCGACGGCCACUGGUGGUGCGGACGGCGCUUGUGAUAGUGUGACGUCAUCGGCCACAACCGGGACAGAGUCUUGCACGAAGUCUCCCGCAGUGUCUGCGGCACAUUCGAGCCGUGGAUCGACGAGGUCUUGGACCAGAGGGAGGACACGGCGGACGCGGCCGCACCGAAGGAAGCGGGCUACCAGCAGCAGCGCGGAGGACGCGGGUGCCACACUCCCAGAUCUGGAAAAGCCACAGAAGCAAGAACGCCGUGAUGACGCACCGACAAGCAACCGCGUCAGCAUCGUGCAGAGGGCUCUGUCAGAGCCCGACUCGUUGACGCCAGUGGAAGUCGAUCGACUUGUGCGCGUAGUCUUCUGGAAAGCCAUCCAUGACGACGACACUGCUGGGCCGGCGGCGAGGUUCUGCGCCAGCGUCAUCACGGCUGAGCUGGACGGGAUGUUCAUCGAUCGGCUGUUGUGGGCCUGCCGCGACUGGUUCAAGCAGCGCGACGUCCCGUUGCGGAGAUCCGCCGCUAAGGCGCCAGCGGUACCGCUGAUGGAGCAUGAUGCCGGUCACCAACUGACUGCCUUCGUGAGCUUCAUGGCCACGCUUCUGUCGGCCAUCCCCGGAAGCGGAACGGCUGCAUCGGUGGGCUCGUGCCACUCCGGACACAUCUUCUGUCUCGCGGCGCUUCUGUGCGACUCCUGCAAGCUUGUCCUGCGCUCGCCUGACCUGGACUGGCAAACGAAGGUCGAGUGCCUCCACAGUGCGCUGACGACGGCCGGCGAAGCUGCCGAGCGAGGUGCCCCCACCCGCAUGGUGGCGCUAGUGGCCUGCUUGCGGGAUGCGUUCCUGUCGCCAGAUGCCUCCGAGGAAAAUCGCCUGACCCUACUCGAACUUGUAGAGCUGCGCGCUUCAGCGUGGAAGCUAUCACUCGAGCAGCAACUCCACUACACUAGGCUCAGUGACGGUGCCGCAGAGGAGUGUGACGAUGUUCAAAACUCGUUACCCCUGCCAUGCCGCGUCGCCGAAUGAAACUGCUUGGCAGUGAGCAUUCGCAGACGAAAGUCCUGUCUGAAGGUUUUCCACCACGCAGAAUGGCUAUAUCUUCUUUCUUUCUUUUUUUGAAUAAACUAAAAGCUCUUUGGCAUUGCCGCCCAUGGCUUUUGCGAUGUCUUUAAUUU